AUGGGCGAGCACAACCUGCUGAACCCCGGCUUCGUGGGGCCGCUCGUCAACAUCCACACGGGGGACGCGUUUUAUUUCCCCAAUUUCCGAGCGUCCGGAGCUCAGAUCCCGGGGAUCCCUUCCCUGCCUUAUCCUCGCCGGGAGAAUUUCGGUUCUCUGCCCGCCUGGGCCCCGGCGGAACCUUGCGGGCCCUACCCGCAGCCUUACCUGGGCUUCGGCCGCACCUGCGAGCUGGCCCGCGGCGAGGAGGGCAAGUGCUACUACCGGGAGGGCGACAAAGCCGACAGGGCGGCGAGGGACAACGCGCUGCUGGCGCUGGAGCCGCUGCCCUCCGCCGGGAAUUUGGGCAAUUUGGGCAAUUUCGGCAAGUUCGAGUACGCCGGAGCCGAGGGGGUGGCGCAGGAGCCGCCGGCCUGUCAGAGCCUGGAGUCGGACUCGGGCUCGCCGCUGCUCGCCGACGGAGGGAAAGGGGACGCGGCGGGGCUGGUGUCGCCGCUGAACGCCGGAGGAGGAGGUGAGAGAGCGGGAACUGCGGGCGCUCCGUGGUACCCGAUGCACACGAGGUCCCGGAAAAAGCGCAAACCCUACUCGAAGCUGCAGCUGGCGGAGCUGGAAGGAGAAUUCCUGGUGAACGAAUUCAUCACCCGCCAGAGGCGGAGGGAGCUCUCGGACCGCCUGAACCUGAGCGAUCAGCAGGUGAAGAUCUGGUUCCAGAACCGCCGCAUGAAAAAGAAAAGACUCCUCCUCAGGGAGCAGGCGCUCUCCUUCUUUUAA